AUGAGAUUUGACUUGGAAUGGGACCUAAGGAAGUUUGUUAUUGACCAGGAGUACGUCAAUUCCGGCCCAACCAUUCUAGACCACAUUCUUUGUGUUACCGGCACCCGACAACGUGCCCAAGCAACAACCGUCCAGCAGUAUUUUGAGCAGACUUGGCCUGGCUUAUAUCAUCCUCUCGUCUCUCUUUUGAAUAAGUUUAUAUCAUCUACCCAGUACGCUUCAUGCGAUCCUAUUGAGGCAGACACAAUCAUUUGGCAUUUCUUGUUCAACGCGGAUGGCGAACGAAUCUCGUAUUGCGACACACGGCUGGAGGGACUCGAAGGAAUGCAGAUUGUCACGCCCAAGGGCUUGGAACUUAAAGAUCUCGAAGCCCGUCGGCACGUCGUUGGAUGGUGCUCACACGUCCGAGAGUUCACAGGACACCCUCAAGCGGGGUUUGGCAUACAACGCUCUAUUCUACCCUUUUUUGCAACCUCUUUCGUGAUCGACAAGUUGAAUGUUCAAAGUGGUUUUGGCAUGCACGGCGGCAUUUCUUUGUCACUUGGCAGACGCGAUAAACCUCUUCGCCUGGCCAGAGCAAAGGGCCUUUCAAAAAUGCUAGCCUGGGUCUAUGCUCAGUCCUUUGUCUUACUGGACGUUGACGAUCGAAGAGCGUGGUUGGUUGAUGGGGCAUCCGGUCUGUUGCACUUAGUUCGAGCCUCUAUUGAGCAAGACAGGAACCACCCAGCAUAUAAGUCCAAGUGGAAGUUUUCAGGAGCGCUCAAGCUUGAAGGAGAUGAUUGUCUGGGGUUGGCCGGGGAUCUUGGGGUGACCGCUGUUGAAAUAUUGGGAAAUCCCAACAACCUGAACAUUGAGCUGUACAUUGAUGAUGUGGAGCCUAAUGCGACUGGAGAAUUGGUUGAAGUCCCCUACCGCCUACGAAACAGGGUUCAAGAGGUUAUACCUCAGCUCGAAGCACUAGUAGACAAGCAAGCCGAAGUUGCUGCCCAAGACGGUUACUGGUAUCAUCCAACCAGCAAACCGUUUGAGAAAAGUCUCGCAGGGUGGGAUUUCUGGGAUAUCGCAGGUCCGUUCGGUCCGGUUCAGCGGAGAAUUUACCAUUUGCAAGCAAGUGGCCGUGGGUGGGUUGAUUACAUCCGGUCUAUCAAAGCCGUCACCAUCUUCGGGAGAGGGUUUGGAGAGUUGCUCGAGCCCGAAGAGCAGAAUCUUUGCCCAAACUGGGUGACUGUUCCCAAAAACAAUGAUUACUUGGGCUGUUCAAUUGCAACAUUGAAAAAUAUCCAUACAUCGACUAAUGUCCGGCCCCUGGAUCCGGGGUUGAUCACUGCGGACAUAACGUGGUCAUCACAGGCUACGCUCUUCUCACCG